AUGUUUCAUGACGUUAUUCUUGUUUUUUACACUGAUUUACAUUACUCUUUCUUCCAUAACAGCUGCGAGACAAGACCAGGACCCUCCUUCCUCACCCGCCGUUACAAGUUCCACUCGGACCACAGCUUCACCUUCUACCAGUUCUACUACUCGGACAACCAGUGCCAGUCCCCGGCCUACUCCUACCGGGUCAGGGGUCAACUGACCAUCGGAGGACUGACCUUUACCCUCGAUGGGGCGAACGAAGCCCUGUACGAGUUGGAGAAGGUGACCUUGACGGUGUUCCAGGAUAGAUUCGCCAUGAAGCUGGCGCAGCAGCUCAAUGGAAGCUGUCCGGGGAUGCUGGAACCGAACCAGCCGCUUGCGAUCUUCAGAAAGUACAUCGUAUUGGAUAAUUCACGAGACGUCGUGCAGAUAGACUGCACACCGGGUCUAGGAUUCACCAUGAACGAGCUCCAGCUGAUACGACAGGAGGUUUACGAGAGACGGGUGGAGGACACCGGGACAGUUCGAAGGUCUGAGACCCUCUACCUAGGAGACAUCCACACCGAUCCUGCACAGAUGAUUAUCCACAGAUCGAAAGGUUACCAGACGCCGUUGAGGAAAUAUGAUGAUGAUAGUGAGAAUUACUGCGCCGUGUGCCAGAUCGUCUACAAUGCACGUGAGCAUGCGCCUCCAAUACUACCUCGGAUACAACACGAGAACAUUGCCUUAUCCGGGGGCUGGGUCAGCGUCCAUUGCGAGGUUCGACACAUCUACUUUCUAACCCGUCACCUCAUCUUCUUCGACAAUCAGACGUGGGAGGGUCACUACCACUUCUAUCGCGACCCUCUCUGUCAAUUCCCCAAGUACACUGUCUCAGUCAAGGGAACAAGAACAGCAGGAGAGCCGUCGGCCAUUGUAGAGGGCGCCACAAACUUUAAAUUCACCAGUCUCGCGAUGUACCUCACGCCGCAGUGCGAUAAGGAGGUCGAGCGAUUCAACUCCAAGAACGUUGGGUGCGGAAGGCGCGGCGCAUGGAAGGUCGGACGGACCCUCGACGUGACGUCAGCAGGAGGAUGUGACGUCUUAGGGGUCAACUUACCUCACAUGGAGUUUGAGCUCGUAAAGACAGUGCCGGACCCUGAGGAGGGUCUUCUGCUCUUUACUGGACAACGCCCAAGCGACGGGCAAACUCCUAACACGGAGUCCCUCCGAGCCACAUCAUUCCAAAGUCCAUUACUACAUUGCUCAGAUGAGGACCCUUACGAAGUACAAUACACUGAGAACUCUGGCGAUACUAACUCCAGUUGCGACCGACAAGUGAAGAUAGCAACCAGCAAUAUCAUUUUAUUGAGCGUUUUAUUACUAGUAAUAACAUCAGCCGUCAGAUGGCGAUCAUUAUAGCAAAUAUGAACACUUUCUUUGGAAAUAUUAGAAUAUAGAGGGGGGUUUCUUUUUAAUGGCUUCCUGUAAUACUUGUAUUUGUAAAUAGCAUCCAUCCAUUGUAAAAAUUUGGUCUCCUAUUAUGAAAGAGAAAGUUUUAUAUUAUCUUUUGCACAUAAUGUAAAAACAUGAUUGUAAAUACGGAUCGUCUUCUAAAAUUGUAUGAUUUCAAUAUGUCUCUUGCACAUAGAAUAAAUAAUUAAAUGCCUCUGUGGUUGGCUAAAUGUUGGCACUGCACUUUUUAGAGGCAUGAUGUGGCUGAAUUUUUAUGUCCGUCUGUUACAAAGAGAUGACGAGUUGACUGUCUUUCGCACAAAAAUCACACUCAUCUCUUUGAAAUGUAUGAUAUCAUUGAAUUGAAUUGAUACCUUUAUUUAUACACGGUUAAAAAAGGCCAAACAGUUACAAGACUGAUGUCCAUUGAAGAUUGUGAAAGAUGUCAUUGUCUUUAUUUCCAUAGAUCUGUAUAAACGAAAAGGGUCUUUUAUUUCAGGUAUCCAUGUAGCUUUGCAUAAUUACCUCUUUAUUAGUUUAACUCGGCAUAUUCUGACACAUGCAAUAAUAAUAAUACCUUAGUGUUGUUCGCAAAGAGCCCAACUGUCAUGGUUCCUAACAAACUACAGCCAGUACUAGACGUCCAUGUUUCGUUAAGUAGUCGCUGAUCAUGCUGAUUCGGUGACACUAUAGAAAUAAACCACGAUCUAUGGUGUUAAUGAAAUUGUCGAUUCUGAAAAUGGAUAAAUCCAAGUUCACAAACUUGUGUUAUAAUGAUGCUCAUUCUUGGAUGGUUUGCUAUUUAUUUCACACAGGGUAUAAACUCCUGAAACGGUGUAUUUAUCAAUAUGCAAGCAUUUAUGUUUUCCAAAUUUCGUUUUUAGAUGUAAUGAGAUAAAAGUAGAAUAUAUUUAAAUGAUUUUCACUCCUACAACAAUUCUUUGACAAUCAUGACGACGGCGGCGAUGAAUCGCGGAACAGAAAUUAAAUAGCGGUAAUAUAUUUGUGGUUACAAAUAGCAAUAUGUUUUAUGAGCUUCUAACAGGGAAGUAAUUUCUUAUCAAAAUCUUAAGAAUACUUUUUCAAGACAAGUAUUUCUGUCAAAAAGUAUUAAAACGAUAUUUCCAAGCAUUUUCUUCGACACAAAAUGUCUGUCGUUGUUUGUCUGUUAAAAUAUUUUACGUGAAGACAUGUUUUGACAUCUUCCAAUUUUUCUGUUUGACAUUAUAAUCAUUAUGAAAUAUUCAUUAAUGUUUAAAAAAGUAAAUCAUCGUCGUCGUCAUUUUCAUCGUUGUCCUAAUCGUUCACGUGUUACUUUUUAAAAAGACCUAAGAAGACAGAUGCUUUGAAGAUUGGGAAAGCAAGGGAUUCUUAUUGCAUUGUCGCUUCGUUAUACUUGUCAUACAGUCGAACCUGCUUUAGUGACCACCUGUCUACAAAGACCACAUGUUUUGUUUCCCUUGAAAAUGGUUUCUCAUU